AUGAAAAUCAGCCAGAUCUACGUCUACCCAAUAAAGUCCCUCCGCGGCGUCCCCAUCUCCUCAGCGCAAGUCACCCGCACCGGCUUUAAACAUGACCGCCGCUUCAUGCUCCUCAAAGUCAUCCCGUCGGAAUCCGAAGGCGCGAAACCAGGCGAAACAACGCUGAAGAACAUGCAUAUCCCGCAUUUCCCAGAAAUGGGACUGUUCAAGACGGAACUCUUUGAGCCGGGAGCUGGCGGCGCGGAUGAGAAGGGGAAGAUUAGAGUUACGCACCAGUUUCCCGAUGGGAAUGGUAAUGCAGCGAAGGGAGAAGCCCUGGAUAUCCCGCUCACCCCGGACACGAGGGGUCUUGAGGAGCUGGCGGUUGUGAUGCACCGGUCUCCGACGAAGGGGUAUAACAUGGGUCCCAAGUACAAUCAGUGGUUUAGCGAGCGGUUCGGGUACGAUGUCGUGCUUGCAUAUUUGGGAGAUGCGAACUCGAGGGCUGUGCUGGGGACGUUUGCGCCGUGGAAGCAUGUCGCGCACAAAGACCAGAGACGCGGACAGGGUUUAGACUUGGGUUUGGUUGCGGCGGUGCUGCUUGGUGUUCUGGGAGUCCUCUACAUGGGAUUUACGGUUCUGGCUACGUCUACCUCUGGUUUUGAUUUUGUGGCUGCUGGUUUGGGUCGGCCGAGUGUGGUCGGCGUGACGGUCGCCGUGGGUGGGCUUCUGGCGUCUCUCUUGUUCUUGAGGAGACGGUCUACGCAAGACGAGCGCAUCACGUUUGCAGAUACGGCGCCGUACAUGGUUGUUUCCGAUACUUCGGUGGCGAACGUCACGGGCCGGUUGGAAGGCGAGGAGAUGGACGUGAAGAAGUUCCGCGCGAACAUUGUCGUAUCGGGCGCAGAGACGGCAUUCGAAGAGGACUUUUGGGCGGAGCUGGUCAUCGGUGAUGCCCAGGUCCGCUUGCUGCUCACGGCGAACUGUGUGCGGUGUCGCAGUCUGGAUGUAGAUUAUGAUACUGGGAAGUUCGGCACCGGCGAGUCCGGCAAGGUGCUGAAGAAGCUCAUGGCCGAUCGCAGGGUGGAUACUGGAGCCAAGUACAGCCCCGUUUUUGGGCGAUAUGGGUUCCUGGAGGGGCAGUCCGAGUCCAAGACGGUUCGCGUGGGUGAUGAUGUUGUUGUGGCGAGAGGUAUGGAGCAGCGGGCUAUUUACGAUGGCGGUGGCGUACGGGGAUACUCCAUGCUCAUUCUGCUCCAGGAACUGAUGCACCGCAUCUACGUCGAAACCGAAGGCAGUCCUCCGCGACGCGACCAGAUUCCCAAACCAUGCGAUUACUUCGACCUUAUCGCCGGCACCGGAACGGGCGGCCUGAUCGCGCUUAUGCUGGGCCGGCUACGCCUCGACCUCGAGACAUGCAAAGAUGUGUACGUGCGCAUGACGCGGCGGGUAUUUGAAACAGACAAGACAUUCGCGGGCAUUCCGUUCCGAUCGACGCUGUUCAAGGCCUCGAAACUCGAGGAGGCCAUCCGGGAAUGUGUGCGCGAACAUACAAUCUACGAAGCCGAGGGAAACGAUAGCACGUCACCUGCAUCGCCUACGUAUGCGCCGUUCAGCCCGAAUUUCUCGACGGCGUCGAUCCCGCAGCGGUCAGGGAGUCGCGCGAGCGUAAGCACGACGCAAUCCGGAGUGAAUAAUCGGAGUUCGGCGUUCAUCAAUGGGUUGCGCUGGGGGAAUCCGGAUGCGCUGCUGUAUGAUAACCGGGAGAAUCGGACGAAGACGGCUGUGACGGCGCUGUAUCGGGGCACGCCGAAGAAUGGGAACUCUGUGUUGUUGCGGUCUUACGAUUCUCGCAAGGAGCCUGCGCCCGAGCAGCUUUGUACAAUCUGGCAGGCUGGUCGUGCGACGUCGGCGACGGGGUUGGCGUUUAAACCUAUCCAGAUCGGACAGCAUUAUUUCAUCGACGAGGGUGCAGGCACGUAUAAUCCGUCGCCGGAGGUUCUGGACGAAGCGGUGGUCAACGAGUGGCCGGGGCGAGAGAUUGGGGUGUUUAUCAGUGUCGGCACCGGAAAACGUCCCCCAGACACGAACAACCGCAAGCACGAAUGGUGGGAGGAUUUCUUUGGGGAUGCUCUGGGUACCUUUGCCGAGGCGCGUCGGCGGUUGAUUUCCAAAAUUGAGGGAUGCGAGGACAUUCACCACGACAUGCUUCGCGAGCACCUCCCCAAGCGCGGUGUCAGCAAAGACAACUACUACCGGUUGAACGUCGAAGUCGGCGUCGGCGAGUUCGGCAUGAACGAAUGGCACCGUCUUGCAGACAUCAGCACCAAUACACGGCGGUACCUCUCCCGACCGGACGUGAAGAAGAUGAUCCAGGACGCGAGCGUCAAGUUCGCCAAAAUCGAGCGCAUGCACCGCCGUCUCGCUGCCCACACAGCGGCCGGCAAUGACCCCAUCAACAGCACGCUGAUGGAAGACGACCACUCUUCGCUGGCACCGAGUCCUCGCCUCUCCGUCACAUCGCCGACCUCACCCGGCGCUCCUCCUCCUCCUCACGCAAACACCUUUGAACUCCCCGCCGAACUCCCCGGCGACUUCAUCCAGCUCCAACCCAACGACGAUAAACUCCCCAUGCACCCAACACCUCAAGACUCCAUUCACCCAUCGCCCGGUCGCUCUUCCGGCAGCGACCUGCACCUCAGCUCCAAUGAACCCAGCCGCCCGCCAUCACAAGCAUACUCGCCACGCGUCAGUUCUGAACACGCAGGCCCGCCGCCUGUUCCUCCAAAGACACCAAUUCCCUACCCUAACGACCAUCCAGCAGAGCUAGGAGGGAUUCCAAUGCCCAUGCCGACCGCGAACCACAGUCCCGGGCUUCAUCCGGCGCAUGCAGCGAACGCACCUGCAAUUGCGACCGGGCGACCGGCACCGCCGUAUCCGCUUGAUGAACCACCGGUGGUGAACAAGUUGAGGAAACCGAGCUAUACAGUGCGCGAUUUCGCUGCUUAG